AUAAAACAAAAAAUCGCAAUGAGAUUAUUUAUCAGCGCAUAUAGUCAGUUGUGGAGUAACCGUUGUUUGACAAACAAGGCUCUUAACUCAAAAUGGCGGAGAUCAAAAAGUACACGUUCGCUGAAGUUAAGACUCGCAACGGACGUGGCAAGAAUCCAGUCUGGAUAGUCUACAAGGACUCAAUCUAUGACGUCACUUCCUAUAUACCUGAGCAUCCGGCGGGAGAUGUCAUCUUGGAAGAGGCUGGACAGGAUGCGACGAAGGCUUUCGACGAUUCCGGACAUUCAAAAUCAACUUACAAAAUGUUAGAGCAAUAUAAAAUAGGAGAAAUUGUUGACGCGGAAAGAAAAUACGACGCAAACGGUAAAAAGAUAAAAAGAGUGGUCGAAGCAAAACCAGAAGAAGGCAAUAGGAAGAGUUGUAUGAACAUUAUAACCUGCGGGUUACUCGGGUGAAACACAGAGAUGAAAAUUAAACUAUUAUAUAUACUGUCAACAAAACUCAAACAAAAUACAUUCUAAAUAAGAAUGACCUAUAAAGUGAACAUUUUUGUUAACUUAGGUGAUAAUUAUUAUUUUAUAUUGUGAUAUGUACACUAUAACUGAGCUUUAAUAGGUGAAGUUCUAUUUUAACUAAACAUUUAUUUAUAAGAAAAUUAAUUUAU